AUGACCCAACGCACCGCGGGCUUCACCGCGACGACCAAAGCCAAGCGCGACGUCGCCGUCGACCCGCAAAACAAACCGCCGCCGCCGCCGGGCGCGCCCGCGGUCGCCGCGCUCGGCGACAUGCACCUCGGCGACGGCAGCAGCAUCCCGGUGUGGGUCGCGUACGACGCGCAGCAGCUCGCGUACGCGGCGUACUUCGUCGAGCCCAGCGUCGACGGCCGCGAGCGCGUGCGAUCGUGCGCGAUUCGAUUCUACCUCGAAGACGGCACCGUGGACGUGUGCGAACCGAGGGUGGACAACAGCGGGCUGGACCAAGGGAAGCUCCUGAAGCGUCACCGCGCGGUCGCGAGCGACGGGCGCGACCUCACGUUUCACCACCUCCGCGUCGGCGAGCCCGUCGUGAUUUACGGACGCGAGUACAACGUCACGGCGUGCGACGAUUUCACGCGCGAGUUUCUCGCGCGCGAGGGCGUCGUCCUCGCGCCGAACACGGAGAUCCCCGACGGGCUGAUCGACGAGGGCCCGAGCGUGCUCGGCACGAUCGGCAUGGGUCUCCGUGGCGUCGGCGGGAAGCGCGUGUUCGAAGACGCGAACGCGAACGCGUCGCCGCUGGGCGUCGUCGUCGCCGGCGCGGCGGCGGAGACUAAGGCGCGUUCUAUACACUGGUCCCCAUACGACCGCGUUGGCGUGAACGGCCCGAAGAAGGACCGGUUCGACCGACGCGUGCUGCGAUUCUUCUGCGCGUGGGACGACCGCGCGAACGAGGGCGGCGCGCUGGUGCGAUACACCCUGAACUACUACCUCAGCGACGGCACGAUCGAGGUGUUGGAGUCCACGGGGAUUCACAACCGCGGGCGCGACCCGUUCCCGAAGAUGCUCGCGCGGUCGAUGCUCCCGUCUGGCGGCGGGUUCGCCGUCGGUCCCCCCGGCGGCGGCGCCAACGGCGCCGGCGGCUACGUCACCGUCGACGACUUGCGCGUCGGCGGCGUCGUCGGCGUGUACGGCCGCGAUUUGACCGUCUACGACGUGGACGAGUUCACGCGGGGGUAUUUCGUCAAGGAAAAGGGCAGGACGCUCGCGGAGAUGGCGCCGCGGGCGGUUGACGACGGCGCUCGCGCGAGGAAAGUCGCGCCCGUGCCGCCGCACGACGGCAUCGGCAGCGAGGAGGAUUCCCUCCGCAACUGCGUGUCGCUGGUCCCGCGACGUCCGCCGAAGGAUGUGAUAAACUUUGAGAAGAACGACGGGCGGACGCUGACGUUUACCGCCGCGCACCCGCCCGCCCCCGGGACGUUAUCCGUGGACGUCGACCGACGCUUCGUCAUCACGUACUACCUCGUCGACGGCACCGUCUCGGUGUACGAGCCGCCGAUGAAGAACAGCGGGCACGUCGGCGGGAAGUUCCUCGAGCGGACGUUCGAACCGGUGAAGAAGCCCGGGAGCAAGACGACGGCGUACGGCGCGCGGGACUUUUACGUCGGGAACACGCUCGUCAUCAACUCGUUCGCGUUUACGUUGCUCGCGACGGACGCGGCGACGGAGAAGGAACUCAAGGCGCUCGGGUUGGCGUGA